CCUCACCCAGCUCAAGAUGGCACAUUUUGCACUUCCCUGCACAGCAGAAGGAGCAAUUCUUUCCACGUAAUCAUCAGCAUGUUACUUCAUCGCUCCAGCACCAUCUACGGCUGUAUUUCUGCUCGUCCGACUGGCAUGCUACAGCGGCGAAGCCUUCCAUCUUCCACCAUGAUGCAGGUCACCUGGCCUUCCUUCAAGUCUUUGCCAGUCGAACACUUCCUGACGGGGUUGUGGUGCUUCGGACCGUCGUCGUUUUUUCUUCUUCCUUCUUCUUUCCCUUUUCCGAUUCGAUCAACUGACCUAUAUACCCCAUCAUUCUGGUGCUGUUCACAUAUAUUUAUCAAAGCCCCGAUCGUAUCGUGGCCAGUGCUGUUGGCUCGCGAACUCGCUUCAGUUCGAGCUCUCGUUCGUUCGUUCUGUUCCGCGCGCGCGGAACAUACUUUCUCUCGGGUGGAACUUGAUUUUAGUAUGUAGCUGAGGGAGGACGGUCUUUUUUUUGUUUUGUUUUUACACUUUAGUGUUUUGACAUUGUUUUGUUUUUCUUGUUGCUUCUCUGCCUCAGCUCUCGUAUGGCAUAUUUUACUGAUCACUCUUCCAGCUUCUUCUGGUGCUGGAUGUAGGAAGAGGCACACACUCGCUCAUCUGUGUUCCGCGUUCAAUUCGAUGCGGUGUGUGUGUCUGUGUAUUGAUAUUCCGCCAGCGUUGAACACUUGGCGGUGUCAUUUUCUAGCGGUGGUCUAGCACGAGGGAGAGUGUGAGAUUAAUCCCGGGGUGAUAUCUAGGGAAGAAUGCGUCACCAUUUUACUGCCAGUUUUGAAUGAAUGCUAGUGGAGCUUUGAGGAAUUGGAGUGCGUUGAAGAAAUGUAACAUUGGUUGAGGAUUACUUUUAUAUCGUAAUGCAACCUCAAAACUCUGAAGUGCAAUAAAGAAUUAUAGCUAUGUCCAAAGCUUACAAACACCCACUGGAGAUUCCUUGUCUGAGAACUCUCAUAAAGCACCCAUCAUGAUCUGCUAUAUCAUUCCCAUCGUCAGCGAACCUCAACGAGAAGCAUCGGAAGAUUCACCCGCUCAGAUUACACUUUUGGGGUCGAUUUCGGUUCGUAUUCGCAAACGGAACGAAUCAAGUGCUGACUAUGGUAGCGAGCAAGACAACAACCCCUUUCCUUCGUGAACGCGGCGAAAUGCGGUGAAAAGCACAGUUAUAAUUCUCAGCAGCUCAGCAUCAUCACCACUUCGAGACGACAGGCGACCUCGACCCUCACGCGGCGCUGAUCGCGGGAAUGCAUCUCGAAAAUGGUAAGCUUUGGGUUGGCCCGCUUUUCUGACUUCUGAUACGUGUUUUCCGGUGUUUGGUUCGGUCCCCAAGGAGAGAAAGAGAGGGAGCACUAUCGUCCGAAAAUAUAAAAAAGUAUCCCACUAGCACACAUCUUCUGGAGACUGUUGAGCAUUGGGGGGUUUUGGGGGUACCCAUGGUCACAACAGCAAUCAGGUGAAUCGGUGGAUCGUUUUUCGAGGGAGAAGAUUUAAGCCGCUUUUUUGCUGUCGUCGAUGUUACUUUCCCUCAUCGCAUCGUAUUUUCUAUUUCAGCAGUGAGGGGUUGUGGAUGACUAGCCCGGGACGAGGGCUCUGGGAAGUGUGUGGCUUUUAAUCUUUUGAGUGAUGGCAAGCAGAUCUUCUUCGUUGAUGGGUAGACAGAUAUGUAUCUUGGACUUCCAGGGCUCUACAAAAAAAAUCCGUUCAAUAGAGAAGGAAACCUCAAAUCUCUUAAAAAAAAACUCAAAAGCCUAAGCAAAUUUGAAAGCUUAGGGUUAUAUAGUUUAAGUCAUGGUAAAAUAGCCAGUCAAAUUCUACGACCCAUUGACACAUGGAAAGCCACGCAAAUUUAUAGACCCUUAUAAAUUCUUGUGUCUAGGGCCAUUUACUGGUCCAUAUCAAUUCCAGAGCUAGUGAGGAAGUACAGACUUUAGGAAAAUUAGAGAGCUGUUGGAAAUGAAAAGGUCUCAGGAACUCUUGGCUCCAAGGAAAUAGAAGGUUCAACGUAAAUUGAAGUCCCCAUUGAAGAUUGUAGAACCCACGAAUAUUUAAGGGCCCUGAAAACUCCAACUCUCAUGACAGUUAGAAUCGAAGGGCUCAUCGUGGGCUAAUGGACAUUCUAGAGCUCAGAAAAGCACUCCAACCAAUCGUGGAAAAUAAACGACCGAUUAAAACUCAAAAGCAUGUGGGGCAUCUAUGGCCCAUGGAUAGUUCCGGAUUGAUGAAAAUUCAUGGGCCAGUAGAAAUUCGGGGCUCAUAGUAAGUUGACGGCUCAUGAAAAUUCAACUUAUGAUGACGAGAGGUCCUUUGGAUCUACCACCUCAAGCUUGCUGGAUCUGUCAUUUCUGGCUUGCGAACAGGGAGACCAACUCUGAUUCUAGCGUCUAAGCACCUGAAGACUCGACCGCCUAUGGCAAUACCAGAGCCCACAGAAAAUAUAAAGCCCUAUGAAAGUUGGAAAAUUCAUGAAAGUUCCAAAGCUUGCUUAUAAUUGAGUUGCCCUUAGAAAUCGAAAGGCCCACGGAAAUAAGUAAACCUUUCCCUCGAUCGCCAACAUAUCAUCUUCCUCUCGAGUGGAUUGAUGUGUCAUCAGAUCCGUAUCAGCGGUUAGAUCGGAAGCGAAUGGUGAGUAAAGGCAUUAGUACCUCACUCUAAAUGAACUUCCAAACUACCAACCCUUACCGAUGGGAAAAGGGUCAACCAACACAACAGCCCCCUAAACUUUGACCCGAACCUGGAGACGAGAAAACUCUUUACACCACCCGAAAUGGUGGUGUAAUUCCACUUAGAAAGUAAGGGAAGCGAAAAUGAAAAGUGAAACAUAACCUCAUCGACACACACACACACCACCGGUAGGGACGAUUAUUUUCAAUUAAAAUAAAAACCAGCCCCCGCAACGCCCGAAAUUCGUUGUUUUACUUUCGAUGGCCGUCGUCGCGGCAGGCGGCAGCACCAAAUGACUGUGUCGGCAGUUCCGUGUUCGACACGGCACAAUUUCUAAGCCUCUGCCGUGUGUUUGGCUGCUUUGGUCUUAGUGGGAAUCUUUAAGGCUUUGGUGAGAAAGAAAAGCGCAAACACGGUGGGAGGCUCAACUCAUGUUUUGGGUGAUCAAACAACGAUCAAGACGAGCAAAACGAGGUGAAAACAGACGAAAUCGAAAGAGAAAAAGACCGAGGGUUGUAAUCAAUGGACGACGAUCAUCGCAAAGGGGUUUCACUACCUCCCGGUUGACCUCCGGUAAUGUCAACGGAACGGUUCAAGAUGCUCACCACGUAAUUAGGUCACACCCGGGGGAGGAGACGAGAUGAUUCGAAGCACUCCCCUCGCUCUCGGUGGAGUGUAUUUAUUUUCCUUCGAUACUUCGAUGCUGCAAACACACCCUCUCGAAGGCGGUUGUUUUGCUGAGUCCACAAGGAAAAGAUGUGAGAUAAUCAGGCAGAAGCAUGCAAAGCAAGCAAGAAACAAUCAAUCGAUCCACUAGCAUCGUGGAUCUACCAUGUUUGGAAUGCUUUUUCUAAACGGAUAAACACACACGUGGCCCUAGUCGACACAGUUUCGAUGCUGGUCAGUGCUUUGAGUGAGAUAAUAAUUAAUAAUAAUUCGUACCCGGACCGUACCGGCUGUUUGUUUGUUGUUUUGCUUUACCCAGCUCAUGGGAUGGGUUCGACUCCGACUAUCAAGGCCUGAGGUUUACUGAUCAAUAAAUCAUCUUCUACUUAUGCAACUGUAAAUACGCGCAGUUCUCCACCCCGAGGAAGUUUGUACAGUUUCGAUACUGUUAAUGUGUCUUUCGUCCUUCAACUCCCCAAAAACGGAAAAAGAGGCUUCCACUUGACCGUUGCUUCUUCCUGAUGAGUUUGGCUUUUCCGACACCCAUCGACCCUGAGUCUAUUGGAGCGUCAAAAAUCGAAAGGUUUCCGCUUCAGCUGAUAAUAUUCUAGAGCCUCACGCACGCACCCGAGUAUCCUCUUCGGAUUUUUACUUUUUCGCUACACCACCACCUUCUGUCAACCGGAUCACUCAAGGUUAUGACCCGAUGUGAUCGAUGGUUACGCAUGAGAAAGUUGCGCAGGGUGCAGACAGGAAGUGUUCAAUAAAAGUGGUUGAUGAUUAUUUAUUUUUAAUUUCGUUUUUUGUUGUUGUUUUUGAAAACAAUUUCUUAGCAAACGGUUAAAUUUAUAUGUCCUGUACCGGGGUGCCUUUUGGACGGUAUUUAAAAAUCAGCCUUGAGGGAUUCGAUACAUUGAUACGGUUCGUUUUUUUUUCCAAGAUUUUGGGAACUGGUAGACAACUGCCUCCAAAAUGCUGCUGAUAACCGCCUGGAGUAAAUUUAAUCGCUUUAACUUUGCGCACAACUACUCAUAAGUACACAUGGUCUUGGUGUGAGUUUUAAAAUCAAUAACCUCGUAGCUGUGAUUUUUAAAUGCUCAAUAAAAACAUCACAAAAAAAAUCUGACUUUGCAAUCUACCAAAUAAAACACUUACUACCGGGGAAUACCCACUCACCAGCGCAAACAAUCGUCGAGGAUCAGUUACGAAAAAUUUCGCUCGACUCAAACAUCGCCCACAAACCGUUCCCACCCAAGAACGUCUCCACAAUUUGCCAAUUAUCUCCCCGUCUCGGCACGGCAAAAAAUAUACUCCACGAAAAUGCAAAUACAACCACUUGAGGAUCGCUGAUGCCUGACCUCAUCGCACUCGACUGGCAGACAGACGGACUGAUAGUAAACAGCAGUAGCAAUAACUCACCGAAAUCAACGCAAAUGACAAAUGCGGUCCCCAGCGUCGUGCACCGGGAGAAUGGUUUAUCACCGGCUUCCUGCUACGCAAUCGGGAACGGUCACUAUCAGUCGCAAAGAUGGGUGUUCCGCGAUCGGUUCGCUCUUUGCUAAUUUCGGUGGUAUUGGCCGUCGUGAUCGGUGGUUGUUUGGAGCCUGUGCUUGCUUCUUCCAACUGUAGCCGUGUGUACGAUAGUAAUGUGCAGUGUGGUUUACCUGUGCUACACCAUUCCGGACUGCCGAAACACUCUUCCGAAGCACUGCGUGGUGAAUUCCCGUGGCAUGUAGCCAUCUAUCAGAUCGAGUACCGCAUCCCGGUGUACAGUUGUGGAGGUUCGCUUAUUAGUGAUCGGUACGUGUUAACGGCGGCUCACUGUGUAGUCAACUCGAACAACGGCUACACGCUGAGUGCGGACAACUUCAUGCUGCAGAUGGGAUAUCAUGAGCUGGGCCUGACAGUACCCGGGUGCAGUCAGGAGAGGGGUGUGAAACGGGUGUACGUGUAUCCCGAGUUCCGUACCGGUACGUAUCGCCAUGAUCUAGCUAUUCUAGAGCUAGAACGACCAGUUCACUUCAACGAUCGAGUGUUGCCCGUGUGUCUGGAUACGGAUGAGGAAGAUCCGGCCUCUUUCUACCGCCAGCUUGGUAAGGUGCCCGGUUGGGGAUACACCGAGUUUGAUAUAGUGUCCACCUGCCUGCGCAUGACCGAAGUACCGACCGUCAACUACACUCGCUGUCUGGCAAGCAAUCCGGAUGUAUUCUCCAACACAAUCUACGACGGAAUGUUCUGCGCUGGGUAUGCAAACGGAACCAACGUGUGUAAUGGGGAUUCUGGUGGAGGUUUCGUUGUCUACAAGAAUGCCCGUUGGGAGCUGCAAGGAAUCGUGUCCUUUACAGCAUUGCGUGACGCAGAAACGGCAGUUUGUGACACUAAACAGUACGCGGCAUUUGUCAAGCUGCGCUACUACAAAAAUUGGAUCGGAAGUGUGCUGGACGGGACCUGGCAGUGGUCGAAGGGAGACAAAUUGGUACAGUUAGAUGAAACCUCCACGGAGAACCCGUCCCAGCCGGCGGAGAUGCCUACCGAUUGUGGCAAGCGCAAGAUCAACAAGAUGCCACUCAUCGUGCACGGGGUGCGUAGCGUGGCCGGUGAGUGGCCGUGGCAUGCGGCGAUCUUUGCGGUGUCGAAACGUUCGCGUGAUUACGUUUGCGGUGGGACGCUCGUCAGCCAGCGGUACAUCUUGACGGCGGCCAGCUGUGUUGCCGAUUGGCACCACCGGAAGCGACCGUACGUCGUGCAGCUGGGUCAGCACCAACUGUGGGAAAGUUCACUGACGGGUCGCGAGGUGCGCGUACUGGACAUCGAAACCAGCGACGACAGUACGCUGGCUUUGGUGAGGCUAGAGGUGGAUGUACAGUACGAUGACUACAUACAACCGAUCUGUCUGCCGACGGGGCCACAAACCGGCGAGUCGAGCGAUGGUGCGCUGCGGAUCGGUUCAGCGGGGCUUAUUGCGGGCUACGGACAAACGGAUCCGGAUGGGAAUCCAUCCGCGUACCUGCAGACCGCCCUGAUGCCGAUCGUUGACAGCGGGCUGUGUGUGAUCUAUCGCAUCUUUGACAAGCACGAAGCUCACAAGAUGUUUUGUGCUGGGCAUGGGAAUGGUACUAAUGCGUGUCGUGGUGAUCAAGGCGGUGGUUUCUACGAAGAAUCUCAGCACGGCAUCUUUACACUAACCGGCGUCAUCGGCAAGAUCAAUCUCUAUCGCAAACGGUGUGAUCCGUAUGGGUACGUCGGGUUGGCCAACGUGAUGCACUAUCUCGAGUGGAUUAUGGAGCGACUGAGAAGUGCACUAACCUUUGACACAUCGUUGGUGCCUCCGAAACCGCCCAAGGGACACUCGAAGGGUUGUCGACGCAAGCAUCACCAUCACCAUCAUCAGCAUGGAUCCCACGAACGUGGCACCGUUACCAGUAGACCCCACAAACGGAAGGGUGGUUCUGGGGAGAGUGGUUCCAGCGAGAACAGCAACGAAAGUCGGGAACGAUCCAUUACGUCCUCCGUCAAGAACGUGAUGCAGGCGAAGGUGGAUCUGGUGAAGGAUAUACACGGUGCGGCAGGUUCUACAAUUAAGAAGAUUUUUGGUUAAAUAAGAUAGGGGUGGACCUUUAGCAAUACGGCCAGGCCGUUCUUUAUGAAUAAAAAAAAAAAAAAAAAAAGAUAGGGGUGGAAGUCAUCGGACCGCGAUGCUUUCUGCUGUAGCAACUUAAGCAAUUAUACCUUCAAUAUAUUCUAUCUGAUCCAUUCCCAUGAUAUGUCUUGACCGAUCGGUGCGCAAGCUUGAGGUACAAACGAUGGGAGAUUUUAGCCAGCGCUUCAACAAGUAAGCAAACAAUCGAGAAUGAGGCUAUCAAUACAAUGUGCAAAUUGUUAAAUCUCGCCCGUGGCUCGCCGAAACUUUAAACAAAAACCAGUCUGAAGCAGGAUAAACAAAUAAAGAGUGGUUCCAUGCGGGAACUGCGAAACGAAACGAAACGAAACCCUUGCAGCGAAUAAUCUCCAGAAUCUCCGCGAGCGGGAACCGCAAAACGCAAACGCAAUUAUGGGUCGUUAACUUAACCGGCUUUUGUUUUCGUUCGCUCGUUCGUUAUGUUCCGUUUGAAGUGUUCCGGUCCUCCGGGUAUCACUAACACGUGCACGCGACGCGAAAGGACCGAACUGGUCCGCCGUAAACGCAGCAGGUGGCUCUCCAUCUAAAGAUCAGCCAUCUUUGCCAGCAAGAGGGUUUAAAGGCAUAAAAGUAGUUAGCGCUUACGUUCUAUCCCAAUGGUGUUCCCAAAUCAUUGCUUCUGCAAAGGUAACGAGCGGGUGAAAAAUUGUGCCGGCGCGCCGUUACUAGCGCUAGACUAAGUAGACAAAUUCCCACAUCAGAAUCAUCGUUAAGAAGCGCCAGACGAGCACGAGGUUUUCGCUGAGGUUCCUUGUCCACACAAAACGGAACAGAUGUUUGUGGGUCAUGGCAGUAAUUGAGAGAUUAGCGAUGGCUUAAGCGAGCUGCUUAGUCACCUGUACUUAAACGCUGCCAGUGGGAGUGCGUGAUUGAUGUCACCGGUUUCGGAGACUAUGAAUUUCUAAUGUCACCUGCCCAGAAGAGUGACCCAGAAAGUUGAUCUCUAACUUCAGCUCACCGGACAUGUUCUCGCUUGGGGUCUAAGUCGUCAGCGAGCUUGAACUUCGCUGUAACUCUUAAUUAUUAUCAUUAAUUAGAUAACUUUCAUGCCUCUCAAACGGGUAUCCGUUAGAAUUUUCAUCUCCAUCAGUGGAAUUUAUUGAGCCCAUUUUUUACUAUUUGACUGCUAAUGAAUGUCACCCGUCGUGGCGUUCAUGACGGCACUCGGCCUGUCUCUCGCGAGCCUGAAAGGGCUUCAUCUCGGGCUCAUUUUACGACCGGCGUAGAUAAUCGGAGUUGAGAGAAUUUUAUGAAGCACGUCAGCUUCACGCAUUUUUUUCCGUUCCGCGUUCCAAAGCUUUGCCUCUUCUUCCCAUGCCCAGACUUUGAUGAAUGUUGUUGCAUUCUCUACCCCCUAGAGCUGCCUAGAACCCUUGGAGCUUUUGAUAUCAUAAUUAAAAAAACUACAACGCAGCCUCGGAAGACCCCCAAAUAAGUUAAUGAGCCAACGAAUUGGUGCGGCCCGUUCUUCCUGUCAUAAUCGUUUCACUUUUGAAGCUGGUCGCCUCCUGCACGGGGAAACCUGUUUUCCGAAACCACCGAAACUUGAUCGGUUCGGGAUCGCUUGUGGAUGCGCCUCUCCCCCUCAACAUUUCCUCAAAAGUACGGCGAAGCACGCCAGAAAGAAGAAUCCGCACACUAACGGUACCACCGUGGUGAGCAGUUUUUGGACAAGUUUUGCAUCUUGCGACAACGGCAGGUUUCGACAAAGUUACGUGGACUAGAAUUUGGGUUGGGUCACCGAAAGUGACGCAAAAUACGUAGAAUGCCUUGCCAAGCUGUGAGGUUCUCCGAAGCAGGCAUAACGACACCAAGCCUACCCACCAGCACCUUGCGGCAAAGCCCGACCGACCCGACCCGGACAGGCAGAUCUCUCCUCGCUGUGCGAAGAUUGUUGAAUGGGUGGUGAAAAGAAGAAAAUACCACCGUUCGUACCAUUUGAUAUUUAAAUCAUGCGCCAAUUGAGCGAUCGUCUCGUCUUAUGGCACCUUAUACACACCGGCAGUGGCCUUUUACACGCUCACUCUUCGCGGUUGAGUUGGCAUUUAGCCACACAGCCAAUGGCGGGAGUCGAUUGAUUGGCGGAUCGGUUCGGGAGGGUUCACCGUUCCGUCGCCACACGUUCCGGAUCGCUUCAGCACCCUUGGUACCGCAUUCGGAGGACAACUGUGCCUUCCAGUGCUUCUCGUUCUUUCUCUCUCUCCCUCUCUCUCUCUCUCGAUCGAUGAUUAAUUGCAAUGUUCGAGUCCCGGCCAGUGUAGGAAGUAUUACAUUUCAUUACUCAAUCGAUUUUGUGUGAAAAUGGCGGCGACAGGUUUUGCGCUUUUUCCGCCCAGGCCGCCCAGCCAGCAGGUCAGAUGUGUAUGGGUGCCGUUUUGAGGAAGGCGAAAGAAAUUGUCGUGCGCAAGAGGUUACGAACUUCACCAGUCCCCGGCACAGAAACGGCCGGGCCUCUCUGUACCAGGUACAGAGCCCGGGAUCUAUUGCGCAAGAUUUGCACCGGGGCGUUAAUUAGCAAAACAUUAGUAAUAUCUCUUUCCUCGAUUGCAAUUAUUCUCUCCCCUCUUUUUUUCCUUCUCCAGCUGUUAGCAUAAACCUGUUAGCUUAAGGCCGCUUAAGUAACAGCUUUCCCUAUGCACCUUCUCAUCGAAAUGAAGAUGUCACUGCGCUUUCUACCUCGCAUCAUCUACCGGAUCUAAGAUCUCACAUCAGUUGAGGGGUUGAGCUCGUUCGUCUGUGAACAGAAUAUUAUGAAUUCAAUAAUUAAACGUUAAAGUAAACAGCUUCAACCUCCGUUUUAAGCUCUCCCCAAAAAUUGUUAACCCGUUAUACGGUUCUGCGCUGCCUACUGACUUCCAGAAUCCGGCCGGCAGCCAACACGGACAAAAACAAAUCAUGAAUCGUGUCAACAUUUUCCACCCCGAAUUCUACCAACCUCGUUUCUCGCUCGACUCGGGCCGGGGAGGUUUCAGUUUCCCACACACACAGAAAGGCCGGCUGAGAACGGAUGAAGUGAGCAAGAUGAAACACCCGAAAAUGAAAUGAAAUGUACAUGCAUAUGUAUGUGGCUGAUUCCCUCCGAAAUGGUGAGGUGCGCCAUGCUGGUAGUAUCGCAACAGCUUCCCUUUUUUUUUGGUUGUUGGGAAAACCUGUUCUCUUUUUGUUUUGAAAGGGCUUGUUUUUUUGUUUUGUUUCGGGCAGCCCGUGUGUUCUGCAAUGGUUGAUGUUGUUGACCCAAUUUCUAGAUGCCAUUCUCGUGAAACGGUUAACCAUAUUCCGGUGCCUUUCUUAUCGUGUGCGGUAAAACGUGGACAAUCGCCGCAUGGAAAAUAAAUGACCGGCCUGCAGUGCAAAGGUGUGCCGUUACUCAUUUCGGGAAGCGGUUUGGAAGCUGUGAAAUGAUAAAUAUGCGCGAUGGUUGUCUGGAUUCCCCUUUCUAGAGCUACCAAAAAAUACAAGGGGGGUAUAGAGAUGUAUCGAGUUGCUUCCUACUUACUUAUCACGCUUUACGAUGUUGACCUGCUGCAGAAUCCUCAAAACCGUUCACGACCUAGAGAUAUAGUCUACGAAUUUUAUAUUACGGUUGUUCUGGUAGAGACAUCGACACCAUCAUUACAUAUCAAUCACCUCACAGCCUAUGUGGACGAACUGAAAUGGCUUUCCGGGUAAGGUAGUCCGGUGCCUUUCUCAUGACAUGAUCAGCCUGUAGGAGUCAGACGAGUCUAAUUCGCUACUGAACAGAGCGAACCGAAUUCGAGCAUAACAGAGUCCAUGUCUCAGAUGCGUAUGUGAGUAUUGGAACAAUAAAUGUUCUACUCCGUUCCAACUUAAAGCCACCACCUAUAGAAUGCAAAUUCUCAUACCCUCUCAAAUGAAAAAAAAAAA